AUGGAUUUUACAUCAAGUGGAAGCGACGUCAGGGAAAUGGACUUGUCUCUGGUGUACGGGCCCGCUCGGGGCCAGGGGGAUGCUGUGAACACGCCGGCCCCGCGUGCCCCAGUCCUUCGGGGAGCCGGCGCCAGGCCCAGGGUCACGCCUGGUGUGUUUCUCAGCCCCCCCGCCAGGCGCCAGUGGGCACGGCGUGAGCGACCUCUGCAAACCCUUCUGGCCCAGGAUGAGAGCUACCCGCCGCCGGCCUCCGCCCAGCCCCAGGCGCCGCCCCUGCCGCAGCCCGUCUCCGUAGAUGAGCCCCGUGCCUACGCCCUGGCCAGCACGCCGCCACGAAUGCUGCACCCGGCUGCGCACCCGCCCCAGCAGAACCCAUUCAUUGUGGAUCUCCACGAGCAGGUGCACCAGGGCCCUGUCCCCCUCUCCUACACGGUGACCACGGUCACGACACAAGGCUUCCCCCUCCACACGGGCCAGCACAUCCCCGGGUGCAGCGCGCAGCAGCUCCCAGCAUGCUCCGUGAUGUUCAGCGGCCAGCACUACCCGCUCUGCUGCCUCCCGCCCCCGCUGAUCCAGGCAUGCGCCAUGCAGCAGCUGCCCGUCUCCUACCAGACCUUCCCCCCGCUCAUCUCCAGUGACCAUUACAUCCUGCACCCGCCGCCGCCCGUGGCGCCGCACCAGCCCCCGCACAUGGCCCCCCUCGGCCAGUUUGUCCCUCUGCAGGCCCAGCACCCGCGCAUGCCUCUGCAGAGGAUAGACAAUGACGUGGAGCUGCGGGGGGAGCCCUCGAUGCUUCCCGUGUCGCCGACGGCUGUCGGGCCCACGAUCAGCCUGGACCUGGACGUGGACGAUGUGGAGAUGGAGAACUACGAGGCGCUGCUGACCCUGGCCGAGCGGCUGGGGGAGGCCAAGCCGCGGGGACUCACCAAAGCCGACAUCGAGCACCUGCCCUCCUACCGCUUCAACCCCGAGAGCCACCAGUCGGAGCAGACUCUGUGUGUCGUGUGCUUCAGCGACUUCGAGGCCCGGCAGCUUCUCCGAGUCUUGCCCUGCAACCAUGAGUUCCACGCCAAGUGUGUCGACAAAUGGUUAAAGGUGUUAGCAAUCAUCGCUUGA